GUCACCAUCAGCCUCACCAUCAUGUACUUGCUCUCGUUCGUGGUGGGAUUCGUUGGGAACGUCAUGUCCAUCAAGGUGCUCACCAGGAAGCGCAGCAGCAGGGUGUCCAGCCUGAGUGCCACCAGGAGCCUGCUGAUCAACUUGGCCAUCUGCGACCUGAUGGUGGUGUGUGUCUGCAUGCCCAUCACCGCCGGGAACUUGAUAUACAAGGCCUGGGUGUACGGAGACUUCCUGUGCAGGGCCGUGCCCUUCAUCCAGGCGGUGUCUGUCUCGGCCAGCGUGCUCAGCCUCACCGUCAUCAGCGUGAACAGGUACUACAGCGUGCACAACCCUCUGAAUGCCAGGUCAUUCUUCACCCAGAGGAAGAUCCUCAGCACCAUCCUGGUGGUGUGGGUCCUGUCCUCCGGGAUCUGCAUGCCUCUCAUAUUCAUGAACAAAAGGGACGAGAUCGGGGUGGUGGAGGGACUGCCGCUGGUGGUCCCUAUCUGCAGGGAGAUAUGGCCCCAGGAGAGACUCAAGCAAGCCUAUAACUUCCUGCUCUUCUGUGCCCUCUAUUGCCUGCCCGUGCUGUUCAACAUGGUCAUCUGCUUUCUGACCGUGCGCCGGCUGUGGAGCUGCGCCGGCCCGCUGAAGGAGUGCAAUGCCCUGAACCGAUCCCUGCCAGCCUCCAGGCUGAAGAUCCGCAAGAAGGUUGCCCAGAUGGUCGUGGCCUUGGUCCUGCUGUUCGCCAUCUCCUGGCUGCCCGUCUACAUGAUGGACAUCUGGAUCGAUUUCAACAUCCCCAAGUCACUGCAGGACGUGACUCCGUCUCCCUGGGUCUUGCAGCUCAGACCUUUUGCUCAGUGGCUCGGGCUUACCAACUCCAGCCUCAACCCCAUAUGCUAUUGCUUUGUCGGGAAUCUCUACAGGUCAGCAAAGGAAAUGAAAAGCAAAUACCACCAAAGGAUGAUCUCUCUCUUUAACUUCUCCCUCUCUGAAGGGACCUCACCUUCUUCUGUCCCAGAGUUGCUCUCUUUCCAGAACUCCAUGGGCUCAUCAAGAAAAGAGCCAAGCCGCACCCUGGCAAGUGGGGGCAAGUGGGGGCAGAGGGGCUCUGGCCCUAUGAGCAAGUGUGAAACCCCACUGGAGUCCUGCCAGCCUCCGUCUCUAAAUGCUGUCCCUGGUGAGAAGACUUCCCUAUAGCCCUCGUCAGGAAAAGCACCAAUGAAUGCAUUCACCCUUCUUAAGAGGUGUAACAAACACAUCUGAUGACUCUUCGUGUGCUUUUCUGAAUCCGAUAUUUUAAAGGUGGGGAAGAAAUCAAGUGAUCUCAUCACUACCAGCACCAUCCCAAAUACAGAAAGGAAGGAAAAUGCUGAGAAAAAGACAUAUUGAACUUCAGAUGAACUUGCCAGGAAAAACAAGACAAAUUAUCUCUGCUAGGGACAACUGGACACAACUCGUUGCACAGCCCUCUCGCAUGUUAAAAGCUUUCUGGUAACAUGCCAGUCAGAUGGUCUCCUCCUGCAGCUCCAUCUCAGGACGCUGCAGCCAACGUGCAGGUCUGAUACAUUAGCCGUUGUGCAGUACUUUGACCACUUGCAGCUGCUCACCUGUGCUGAUAAAGCCCAAAUGGAACAAGCUCUCCUUUCUGCAAACAACAUCCAUUGUAGCCGCAAGCGCUAAAAGAAGCUGUAGGAACUAAGCGAUAAAAACAGCGUUGGUGGAGAAUCUCGCACGCUCCGCCGUUUGAGACUUCACAGCCUGAUGGUAACACACUGGUGUCCCAUGCAGAUAAAUUCUCCUAAGAUGAAUUGUGCCAGAAAUACUGAAGUAAUCACUGCAGUUCACACC